CCCCGCUGUCGCGCGCAAUGAUUGUGUUUCGUGCAUGCAACUGCGCAAUCGCGAUUUCGCAAAGCACGGCGGAACAGUGCUUUAAAGAAAAGAGAUGGCCCUCGAUAAUUUCCUUUUUGGACAGUGCAUCCUCUAUUUUUUAUGCUUUCUUUUUGGUUUUGUCGCUUUGGUGCCGUUCUCCGAGAGCGAUGAUGACUUCCAUGGGAAAUGCCUGCUUUUCACGCGUGGGAUGUGGCAGAAUGAGAAUAUGACCGUAGGAAAGCAACGUUUCAUAGUGGAGGAGUGGGGACCGGAAUCUUCCUGUCGCUUUGUCACGUUCGUAGGGAUAGUUUCGCUCAUCCUGUCCGCAGUACAGGCAUGGCGGAUAUUCUUCCUCCUGUACAAAGGCCACGACGACUCCUUCUUCCAUGCCUUUGUAAACCUGCUGGCUAGCUCCUUCCUGCUCUUCUUGGUAUUUGUGGCCAGCACCAUCACCAGCGUAGGAUUCAACCUGUGGUGUGAUGCAGUUACAGAGGGCGGGACUAUGCCCAGCAGUUGUGAGGAGAUGCAGGACACUGACCUUGAGCUUGGCUUGGACAACUCCACUUUCUACGACCAGCUUGCUAUUGCACAGUUUGGCCUGUGGGCAGCCUGGCUGACAUGGCUGGGGCUCACGGCACUGGCCUUCCUCAAGGUCUACCGCAACUACAGGCAGCAGGAUCUGCUCGACAGCCUGGUCCACGAGAAGGAGCUGCUGCUGGACCACACACCCCGACAAGAGUCAAACGUGGACUCGAGGAGCGGCGUGAUCUAAAUCCCGCCCCUCCUCCUUCCUUGUCCCUCCCCUUCCCCCCACAAGCCUGAGCAUGCGUCACUCACAAAUGUCCCUUACCACCAUAGGUCUGGGUUAAGUUCAGGUCAUCAGUUAUAUUCAGUUAUCAAGUUUAAAGAGUGUUCAUGAACGGUGGGCAUCUGAGGGGAGGAGGCUGGAUAUGCUGGGGCUAAAAAGGACAAAAAAUGCAAGUAAAAGCAUGAAUAGCCAAUUUUCCUGUUUUUUCCAUGGUUCAGUUUGAGGGUUCUGCACAGGAGUUAAGGAGGGCUUGAUGUGUUGCUAAUUCAACUGAGCCUGAUUAAUGUAGUUUUCAUACAAUGUGCUUAUAUUCUUUUGUAGAAAAGCCUCUUACCCUCAUGACAAAAGCUGUGUGAAUGAACAUCAAACUUCUGCUUGCAGUAGUCUAACACUCCAGUAAGCAGUUGGUACCGUGACACAAAAGACCAGCUCAUUGGUAUGAGGCUGAUCACUCAUUCAUUCAACUGUUGAAAUUGGAUUAAGGAAGAAAAAUCAGUGUCUUUUUAGCAUUCUUUAUUCUGGUUGUGAGAGUAUGGAAAGAUGGUGAACCGCAAACCAAAUUCAUUCUAAAACACACUCUUUUUUCUGUGUAUUUCACGACUCACAGAAAUGGUAUACAUAAUGUGAUUCAUUAAGCCCCUCUCCUGUUAUAUAGACUGUCAAGCAUGAAGGUUAGCUGCAUUCUAUACUUACUUGGCUCAACAUUCACAGCAGUAGAGUCUGAGAGUAUCAAAGUGUGGUUCUCCAUAUUCUACCUUGUCUGGUAGUGGUGAAAGUGAAACGUUGUAAACAAUGCCACAUUCCCAGGUUGGGGCUGCUCUGAUUGAUUAUGGGGCCUGUGUUUCAAGUGUUAUGGGGGCUUUUCGCAGUGUUAUGUCAAACCCCAGUCAAAAUAUUUUGGCUAAAUGCUGAGGGAACGCCACUUUGUAGAGUUAUGAGGUAAACUCCAACAGUGCUCUUGAAAAUGUGUGAAGUUCCUUUUUAAAGAGGUUCCAUUACCCUUUGAAAAUCUUUGGAAGAAGCUUUUUAGAAUCAUGAAAACCUGCCAAAAUCCAAAAAAUUAAACAGCUAAAAUUUGUAUCUUUUUUGUAUUUACGGCUAACAAAACACCUUCUUUUUUUGCUAAAUCACAUCACUUGAUUGACCAUCAAUACAGUGUGCUGACACUGUUAACAUUCUGGCAAACUUGAUGUCUUUGAAAGUACACGUGUGUACGUGCCUAAAACACAACAUUUUGAUAGGAAUACAUCUUUCAAAGAAUUUCCCACUUACAAAUUCAUUUUCAAAACAGGCCAAUUUGGUGUGAAUUGUACUCAAAACAAUUAUAGAAAAUCUCACUUGUAGUCUUAAAAAGCCAUUGAAAGGUUGUGGAAAACAAUCAUAAAUAUUUGAGUGGGAACACUUAUCUUUAUGUUACAGCUGUUAUAGUCUAGUUCAGAAUUGAGAACAGGUGCCAAUUAUUGUAAAUGUUUGUACACUUGAGUAGAAUCUCUUGCUCACUUGUUGUAUUAUAUUGCAUUGCAUUUAAGCUUGAAAGUGUUUAAUUGCAUUUAAGCUUGAAACUGCCCUUCUACUUACCGUAUUUCCCUGAAACCUUUUGUGGAAAUCGUAUUUCUUAUCAGUGUGCCAUAUUUCUAUUGAAUAAAAAGUGACAUAUUUCAA